GGAACGUUCCGCGCGCCGCGCUUCAUCUUCUGUCGCAUCUUUCUUUAAAACCGCCGUAUGACGUUCGGUCUACGCGUGUGAGUGUGUGCAUUAUCUCCGUAUAUACGCCGCGAGUGUGUGGUAUAAUAUAUAUAUAUAUAUGUGUGUGUGUGUGUGUGUGCAUUACGCCAAGUAAUCGCGUCGUCUUGCGCGUGAAGCACAGUGCUCUGGUGCAUCUCGGCUACGAUCUUCUCUUUCUUCGCCGUACUUCCACUUGUGCGCGUUAUAUCGGUGAUACACGUCAUCAUCUGUUCUCGCGACAUUGUGCGUAAAAAAAAAAAAAAAAAAUCAAAAAUUGUGUUCUCUCUUCGCCACGAGUUCCCUUUUCGGAUAAAGUCGUCUGAUAAUUUUUCCAUGUACGGCGAGCAGAGGAGCGCGCGCUUCUUGGAUUAGCCGCUCCCCUCGUGCUGUUUCUAUCACGACGCAAUCUCGAAGUACGGGGAACUCGGCGAGAGAAUGAGAGUGCCUUUGCCGUGCUUGUUGACGAGUGCUACGUGUGACCGGCGCGGUGAUAACUCGCCGUCGAGAUCGUUUUCGGUAACCCCGACGACAGCAGGCGUCGUUGUCGUCGUAUCCUGAACGCGCUCGUGGAUCGGGACCGGCUUCGAGAGAAGGACCGACAAGCUCGCGCGGCGAUGUCGGUUCAAGCAGAACAAGCGGCUGCAGGAGGUUCUGAUUCAAGACAUCAUCAUAACCGUAUGAACGCGCAUGCACAUUCUACCGAUACGAUCUUAUUCUCCCGUCCGCCAGUUAGGGUGAAUCCUGAUCCGCUGAUCCAGUCAAAAUUAGGAACUUUUACGAAUAUACAGCAUUUGCUCGACGAACCUGUACAGACUAGAGGUCUUAUCGGCAUCGAUCCCGUCCCGCAGAGCCCAGCGCCUUCGCCGCAAAGUUCGACGCCACGGAGUCCCACACCUUAUUCCACGUCGCACAGGUCGAGCUCUAGCUACUCCAAGACCAAUUCCCCGUCUGCGGAGUUUAAGAAACCAGGUGGGCUCGGAGGGCCCAACAACUCCUUAUCAUCUGCGUCAAGCUCGAGGAGUCACCAGGAACGGAGCAGCUUCGUUAAACCCGCGGACGGUAAGCUGUCGUACAGCAACCGAAGUGGCUAUUCGAGUCAGCUAGUUAAGUACAGCAGCAACAGCAGCAGCAGCAAUAAUGAUCAUCGCAGCCAUCUUUUACUUCCGGCCAAGUGUCUACCACAGCUGCACCCGCCUCCCCCCGUGAGAAACAACGGUAUGUUACCAGCCGGAAGUUCCAACGGUGUCAGCAACUCUAGCGGCAGCCUCGCGAGCCGCGUUCAAUUCAGCGGCCGACUAAAGUUAAGCGAAAUUAACGGAUCGCGGUCAUCAGUCGACAAUCUACCGGAUGUGGAAAACAUUCUGAAGGAAAUGACUGUGCCGCUCGCACCAGUGUCAGCGAUCGCGCAAACACCGCGGAAGGACCAGGAAUCGAAGUUCACUUUCAACACUCAUCUGGCGAAGUUGACAGAAGUCAAUCCGCCAGAGCCUCCAAAGCCUCAACGAGAGAGACAUGCCGCCAGUAGACUUUCUGCUGAUCUGGAGAAAGAUUUAAGCUUAUCUGAAGAUAGUGACGAUGAGGAGACCAAGGAAACAUUGUCGAGAUCCACGAGAAGAGACAGAAGUCCGGAUCUUCCACAAACCGACUUAGUAACGACACCAAUAAUCUCGGCGAUGACAUCGGCGCCGCAAUCUUUGUCGCCCAUCGUCAUAUCCCCUAUGGGACCAUUAUCGCCAACAUCACCGCGAGCGAUCAGUCCAUCAUCGCCUAAACGGGAUCGAGUGUCUCCUCUACCUGUUGCCAGCCAGCAUCCCUUGCAGUCCGCAUGUCCUCCGACAAAUUCAAUUGCCAAUGAUCAUCAGUCGAGUCCGCCCGAAGCGCCGCAGAGCUCGGGAAGUGCCAGCUCGAGCUCGGACUCGGGUUCAGAUUCGGGUUCGGAUAGUAGCGACGAUUCCGAGGACGAUGACGAUCGCGCGUCGAUCCCGCCGCCAACUAAAGGACCCACGACGCCUCCAUCGGUAUCGCCGAAGAGAGAUAAUCUGAUGGAAGAACCACCGCCCCCUGUGGAAGAGCGUCGAUGGGAUCUCAGCUCCUUCUUCAGUAAAAAAACAGCUAUGCAAUCCGGAGAGCAAAAUUCGGAAUCAAAGUCCACUCAGGAUAAUGCCAGGCAAGAAGAUACACUUGGGGCAACAAAUGAGACCAGUAGGUCACACAGAGAACAGUCACACGAUUGGGAAAAAUUAAAGGCGGUUCGUGAAAUAAUAAAAGAAGUAAUGAGUCCUCUCAGCGAUAGCGAUCAGCAUUCUGAUCAGCAAAAGAGUCAUCAGCUAAUAGAUGACAAUCGCGUUCAAACGGAAAAGUCAAAGAUGUCCGAUGUCAGAAAAGGACGCGGACGUCCUAGAAAAUCCACUAAAAGUCCGAAACGCGGACACCGAACGUCGGAUGAAGCUUUGAAGACAGGUAAGUCACGUAGCCGGACAAGAGCAGGCGGCGGGAUUGGCAAGAAAAAGCAACCGAUCUCAAAAGAAAGAGUGCCGACGAGCGAUGACGACAGCGAUUCGGAGACGCAAAGUGACUGUUCCGACAGCGAUCGUCGUCUCGCGAAAAUGAUGCCAACGAGAGGCGAGAAAAGAUCGAGGCUGAGCAUGUCGUCCAGCGACAAUGAAAGUUUGUUGGCCAAGAAAAACAAUAACAAUACCUCGGAGGACGACGCCGCGCGAUGGAGAAGAGUCACUCCCAUCAAACGAAACAAUCUAUCGGACUCGUCGAAAAAACAGGAUAAGAAGAAGAGUCCUACCAAGAGCAAACCUAGACGACCGAGGUCUCGAGUGACCAACGUUACGGGCGGCUCGGAUUCGGAUAGCGAAUCGGAAAUAUCUGUGCGAAGUAGUCGCAUCCAAGUUGCUCGAGUACCACCUAGACCACGAGCACCACCUACGAGAACGACGUCACCUGAUAAUUCGGACAGUGACAACAGCCCAGCGUCGAAGUUGCAGGAAGACGACGCUGGUAAUGUGCAAGACAAGAAGAAAAGCGACACGUUGCGUCAUGUCUUCUCAACGUCAAAAGGCGGUGGAAAAGGUGGCGGGAAAGGCGGAAAAGGUGGCAAAGGUGGCGGCAAAUGCGGUAUCUACGUAGAAGAAUACACAAAUAAUUCCGCUACGCAUACUCCGACUGGUGGAGACAGUCCUUACAAAAGACCGUCCUCUCAGACGUCGAGUGGGAAUAUUUUACGUUCAUCUCCAUCUUUUGCUCAAGGAAAUAACAUACCGAGCAUCAUGUGCAAGAUCGAGCUCAGUAGAAUAUCACCACAAAUAUUGCAGUUGUGCAGAGGACAAGAACUUAGACAACGCACAGAACUAUCCGAUACCAGGCCGUCAUCGAGGCAGCGAUCUUCUUCUAGCUUAGCAAUCUCACAACCGCCAAGAUCGUCCACACCGGAAGAAGGCGAAAUAAUUGACACACCGCCUCCGCAGCAAAUCGCCACGUCGGAUCGUACGAGGAUCCAUCGCGCUGACGGACUGUUGGACGAUAGAAAUUCCCGGUCUGUGAUCAAGGCUCAAUCCAUACCCUCGGACUCGAAGAGCAGUGGAAUCAUUGGAAAUGCCGGUAGCACUAGCAAUACCGGUAUUAACGCGCCCAAAAGAAAACGAAAUCCAAGUUGCAGCUCUAUUUCUAGUUCAAGUCCCGCUCAAUGUUUAGCUGAUACGAAAACGAAGAGUUCUUCCGAGCACAAAGACAGGAGCCGCAAAAAGCAGCGAAGAGCUUCGCCAAGUCAGCACAAUGAUAUUCAGCCCACAAAUCAUGAAAGGGAUACCAGUGAAGAUACAAAUCUACUACCACCACCACCUCUCCCGACUCAACGCGUCUACUAUUCGUAUUUCGAUCCUCAAAAUGAAAUUUUGGAGGAUCAGGAGAGCACGUACAUCGAAGAGUCUAAAAACCUCUUGGCACGCUCUUCGACAUGGGACCAAAAUCAGUACCUGACUGAAGCUAAGCGAUUGAAGCACAAUGCUGAUGAGGAGAGUGAGCUUACAGCGCAAGGCAUGAUGUACCUAGAAGCGGCUUUAUACUUUCUUUUAACCGGCGACGCAAUGGAGUCGGAUCCAGUCACGGAGAAGGCGUCGUAUACUAUGUACAAAGACACUCUCAGUCUCAUCAAAUAUAUCUCGUCGAAAUUCAAAAGUCAACCCAACAACUCGCCCGAGAAUAGUAUACACACCAAACUAGCUAUUUUGAGCCUUUGGUGUCAAUCGCGUCUUUAUUCUAAGCUCUACAAUUUACGCAAACAAGAGGUGAAAGAGGUUCAAAAGAUCAUUAGUGACUUUACAAAUCAGAAGCAAUGUUUUCAGCAACCUUCUCAGCAACCAGCUCAGACAACGCCGGUACAGCCGGAGGGACAAGGUACGCCUUCUCUUUCGCCUACGCCAUCGCCCGCCGGUUCCGUAGGUUCCGUCUGUAGUAGUUCUGGAUACAGUAGCGGCGGUCAAGCUACGUCGGUUAGCGUGCCAUUGCACGUCUAUAACGCAAUGAUGAAGCAGAAUCAGUAUUCAGGAUUACUUACCAACGGUCACGACCUCUGGGACCAGGCGAUGAAGCAAGCGAAGCAAGAAGAACACAGAAAUUUUUUCAUCGAUUUAGAUCGAAAGUUGGGACCUCUGACUGCGUAUAGUUCGCUACGCGAGCUCGUGCGCUAUGUUCAAGCGGGUAUAAAAAAGCUACGAGCUCUCUGACCACAGUGGCACAGCCCCCGACCACCCACUCCAAACUACAUUACUUCGCUUCCUCAAAAUAUAGUCACUUAUCCGACUAUGUUCACGUAAUUGCGUCAUAGCGUCGCGACAUUACGUGUUAAUCGCUGUAACUAGGACAAACGACGAUGCGUAAAAACGUAAAGAAAUAGUAAGACGCGAGAUGGCGAUGUGGCGAAAUCGUAAACUGACUUUUUCUUUGAGGAAAGUGAUCUCGGGGAGGGGAGGGGGUACGACCGAAUAAUAACGGUCGAUCCACAAAACACAAAAGAAGAAGAAAACAAGAGAACAGCUGAUAGAAUUUUUCUUUAGUCGGACGAUCCGAAACGACAUAGGGGCAUUCUUGAGAUAAAAUUAGCAGCAAGUUUUUCAUAUAGUCAAUUGCGAAACGCGUGUUUCGAAGAGACGAGGAGAUACUAGCUCGGAUGCGGACGAGCGCUCAUCAUCUUUAACAUGGUGCAUAACGGAACCUCGUACACUUUGUUUAUAGAGCACGUGUUACUUGAUUUCGCGCAGCGGAGAAUCGUCGAGCGGAGAUAAUAUAAAGGCGCUCGUGAGCGACGAAUGUUUAAAACACUUUAAAUUUAUACGUUGACAUCUUGCGUCUAUUUUUCCGAAGUGUCAGCUUUGUAAGUUAAUGCAUGUAGAUACCGACGCGAGAUUGAAAGAACGGCUCAAAGAUAGAGAAAAAAGAGAGGAAAAAUAGUAGGACCGUAAAAAAAGAAAAAAAAAGAAAAAAGUAAAACCACGAAGGAGUAGAAGUGCCACUGUAAAGCGCCCGUGUGUUCUCGCUUCACGGUGCGCCACAGCCGACGUUACCUGAAGUAGCACGAGUAUCGUUUUUCGGCGAUUCGAGUGCGAUGAAUACAUAUAUAUAUAUAUAUAUAUAUAAAUAUAUAUAUAUAUGUGGUAGUAUGUGUGCGGGUGUGUGUGUAUCUGCGUACGUGUAUUCGUACACAAGUGCACACGCACGCACGCACGUACGCACACAACAAGAAUAUAUACAUAUUUAAUAUAUACAUUACAUAUAGUUUAUUAC